UUGGCGGCUUUCUGAGCAGCUGCAAAAUAUGUUUCGAACUUUAAGUGGAAGUUGGGGUCACCAGCUAGCAGCCUGGAACAGUCAGUGCCAGCCAGGGCUGAUUCUGAGGGUAGCUCCCUGGUUUCACAGAGCGGACUGGCACCAGAGCCCUCCGCCUGGUCGCCCGUCCUCGCAGAUCUACAGCUUGGAUCGACUCCCUCCCGUAGCCAGGCAACGGGGACCCCGACCCACACGAUCAGAGGGCGGCCUGGUCGUCGCCUGUCCGGGACGACAAUGCUGCGUGGAAAAUCUCGGCUCAACGUGGAGUGGCUGGGCUACUCCCCCGGCCUGCUCCUAGAACCCAAGCCGCUCCCCGUCGGCCGCGCCCACCGCAGCCUCCGCGGAAAUGAAGGCUCGCUAGCAUCUACUCUGAAGACACUCCUAUUCUUCACAGCUUUAAUGAUUACUGUUCCAAUUGGGCUGUAUUUUACCAGUAAAUCAUACAUAUUUGAAGGUGCACUUGGAAUGUCCAACAGAGACAGCUAUUUUUAUGCAGCAAUAGUAGCGGUGGUGGCUGUUCACAUUGUGUUGGCGCUCUUUGUGUACGUGGCCUGGAAUGAAGGCUCACGACAAUGGCGUGAAGGCAAACAGGAUUAAUGUGAACAUUACCUUCUGAUUGUGCUAUAAGGAUUUUUAAAAAUAUAGCAAAUGUUUCUGCAGUUUGGAUAAUGAAUAUAUUUAUUUGAAUAAAUGUAAAAGUUCCUGGCAAAAUCAGUCGUAAGAAUCACUUUUCACUAGUAUACAUUUGGACUCUUUUAAUACAGUAGUUUCUAUAAUUAGUUUUGACUUUAUGAAUCUCACUUGCCAAUGUGAAUCUAGUACAUUGAAAUUAGGUUAAACAAAGCACCCAUUUUGCAGGGGAAAAUUUAAUAGUGGUAAAACAAAAAGGUUUUUAUAGCAUUUUUGUCUUUUGCUUUAAUGUUCAACUCUGGACACACUAAGGUGUGCAUUGUGAAGGAAAUGUGAAGUUUAUUUUACAUUGGAACUCUUUCCCUUGUGAUCAUGAGGGUACCAGCUCCUUGGAUUUGUGGUUUUCAUUUCCUGUGGAAAGGGCACUGUCAUUAAUCUCAUCAUUGAGAAAGUUGCCAGAAAGUGUAAUCCCUAGCCAGUGCAAAACUCAGCUAAGCCACAGCAAAAGCCUUUGACUACACAGAGGAUUCAGAGAACAAGAUAGGAGCAGGCAGGCAGCAUUGUGCUUUUCAGACCAACCUUUUCCUCUUUCAGUAUUGAUUUGAAUUACACAGCUUCUGGAAAUUCCUUUGUAAAAUUGUUUCAUUAGCCAGGGCCACUACUGUAGACCCCGAGUUCAAGCCCCAGGCCUGUCAAAAAAUUGUUUUAUUUUUUCCUACCAUUAUUAAAAAAGUAAAGUAUAUAUGACAGGCAUUUACACCUUCAAGUGUUCAUUUUUGUCCACAGUGACACUAAACAAGAAGGAAGACAUUUUUUAUCUUCUAAAAUGUAUUGUUGAGAUUUCUGGCCUAUUGGUCUUUUAAAAAUAAUAUCCUGUAUGUAUUAAUAUAUAUUUAGAUAAUUUUUGAAGUCCUUUUCUAUAAAAUAUACCUACUCCGAUUUUACCUUUAAUCUGUAGCCACUUUUGUGUAAUAAAAAAGCCUACUGUCCCCCCCCAAAUGUUUAUUUCUCAUUAUGAAACCAUAAAAUACAUAUGUGCAUAUAUAUUUAUUGUUAAAUGCAUAGAAAAUGCUUAAUAAGGAAGAAGCAUUAUUCAGAAUGUUGCCACCUGGAGAUAAUCACUUUUUUGACUGAUAGUCUGUAUGCAGUUCUGAAAACUGUUUCUUAAAUGUGAGACCCAAACUCUAAAAGUUUGGUUUAAGUUCAGAGCCUGACAGCUUUAUGUGACAGCUGUUUGUAUUUUUUUCAAGAUGAGUAAUUGUUUGGUCAUUGUCUU